GAUCAUUUAUUGUUGUAAAAUGUUAUGAACUCAUAUGAAUAGAGAAGUAGUACAGAGACGACAUAUAGAAGUUUCUAAUUUAGAAAUCCAUUGAUUCAAAAGUUCUGCGUUUUCAAAAUUUGGUACUUUUAGCCUACUGCAUAACCUACUUUAACCUGAUAGCCAUUUAAACGAUAAAUUUCUUAUUUAUUUAAACACAUAUUAUAUUCAGAAUAACGGAAUCUCGCUUUAUUAUCAAUAUAUAAAUCAAUUUGUCAAACAACAUUUUGAAUAUAUGUUAUUGUCAACAAAAAUAAACAACGCAUAAGACAAAAGGAGUCAUGAGGAAUAAGCCAAUUAAUUUAAUAAGAAAUACCAAACUUUAAGAAUGCACAAUUUUUGAACCAGUGCGAUGGAUUCCUUCAAACCGUAAUUCCUAGAUUCAAAAUCGUUAUAUCUUGCUUCCAUUCAUCGAAUCCAAGAAAUACUCGAUAAUUGUACAAAACAAGAUCCUUUGCAUAAUUGCACACUCGUGCUCGUCCCCACUAUGGAGAAGAGGUUCCCUGACGCACAGAGAAGCUCGACGGCCCGCCGCGAUCGAGUGGUGUAACAUGAUCUAAUGUCAGAUAUCGUUAAGACAAUAUACAUGUUAUUUAUGUCUGUUAUAUGUAUACAUAUACAUAUAAUCAGAUACUAAACAUACAAAGAUACAAAGUUUGAGUAUUGGUACCCUUGUUUAAAGCCACAUGUUGGUAAGACUUCGUCAUUCGGUUAAUUUAAUUUUCAAAAGGUUUUACCAUGUUUAAGUUCGAAGCAGUGGCUCGUUAAGAAUUUUACUGUAUUUUGUAUACAUUUUUGAAGGAUUUGAUUUAUAUAUAUAUAAAGUGAAAACGUAAUAAUGGGAAAUUAUGUUAAUAAGUUUUUUCCUCAUAAUACUGAGUCUUGUAACAAUAAAAUGGAAAAAGAAGAAAUAAGAUGUCCAUCUACUGAUGAAGUAACUCUUGAGAAAGACAUUAUGGAAACUCCACCAAUAGUUCGUAAAACAUUAAUUGAUCCUAGAUCAAUAACAAGUGGGAUAAAUCGUACACCAAUAGAAGUGAAUUGUACACCACUUGGAACAAAUAAGAAAACGAUAUCAGCAAUUCCAAAACAUUUACAAACUAAACGAUAUUUGGAAACAGAUAUGGAUAAAAUAAUGCUAUGUUUAACUCCAAUAAAACAUUUUAUGCCAAAAAUAAUAGAUAUUCCAAAAGUACAACUGCCGAUAAUGGAAGAUAAAGGUGCAGAUAUUUCUUUAACACCAACAGCUAGUAAUUUAAAUAAUGAAAAGGUAAUUACUGAUAUAGAAAAGGAACGUUUUAAUAUCUUGGGACUUGAUCCUCGAUCUCCAGCUGCGGAUUUUGACAGAACGCCAAUUUUAAUGCCAAAAUCUAUAAAACGUUUAAGAGCGAGGUCCCAAGAAUUUUUACAUAGAGCUGGUAGCUACGAUACAGAUAUAUUUUAUCCAAAAUUUUCAUAUUGCGAAACAUCAUCGCAAUUCAAUGUUACUGAAGUACAGGCUUUACCUAGUUUAGCCACAAUUGCUGUAAAAUCUUUGGAUUCAGUCAUUAAUGAUUGCGAUGACAAAUCCAAAUCACCUGAAUCACUAUAUUCUAGUCAUUCAUCUGGAAAUGAAUCUACUUCAGCGAUUGAAAACGAAGAAUUGGAAGAUCAGAAUGAAUCUGAAAGAAUCUCAGAGCAAAAUAAGCUCAAUGAUGUACGUGUGAAGAAGGAUAUAGAAGAAAAGAAAACAUGUGCUACUAGCGAUGAUAUAAUUAAAGUAUGGAGAGAUUCAUUGAUAUUGGAUGAGCCUCAAGAAUUAAAAACAAGUGAAUUAGACAAUGUACAAAUUACUGAAGAAAAAAUAGCACAAGUAUCUAAAGAAGAAGUAAUUAUAACAUUUGACGAUGAUAAUAUAGCAAAACUAGCUAAUUUUGAAAGUGAAAGAACUAAAAUAGAUACAAUUAGAAAAAAGAAAAAAAAUCUAAAAUCAGAAGUGAAAAUUUCAAUAGACGAAAAGAAAUUUUCUAAUUCUAUUAAUAAAGAUGGAAGUGAAUCUACAAAGAUUCGAACUCCUCUCGGAAAUCGUUCAAAUAAUGGACAAGUACAAACAUUAUUAAUAAAAUCACCACAACAGGUAUUUAGGAACAAAGGUAUUGCCUCAAAAAUAUUGCAAGAAAACACACCACCACACAAGAAACAUAUUACAAAAUCGAAAUUAGAUGGUAUACAAUGGGAUCCAGAUUCAACGGUUAUUAUUUAGGGUUUUAUUAAUUUUUUAUAAUAGGAAAAAUUUAGACAUAGUUUAUAUUUUUUAUAUUUUUUAAACAAAUUCAAAUAAUUGUAAAAAUUAAUUAUAAACAUAAGUGUAAGUCGAUCGGAAUAGUGCGUAUCUAAUUGAUAUAAAAUAAAUAAUCCUUUGAAUGAA